CGAAUCUGCGGAUACGACUGAGUCGCUAGUGUUGCUGCUGAGAAAGCGGGAAAGGUAUCAAAAUUUGAGUUUGGGAGUUUGUGACUAUGUUUCCAACAGGAAUGAAGCGCUUUUAAAUUCGCGAAUUGUAGUACCGAAAAACAAACGAGCUAUGUCUCAGGAGGAUAGCGAGGAGGAGAUCUGGGGGUACAGAAGUCGUUUGAAACGCGAACGGCAACAUCGACCGGAGCAGGCGGAUGGGGAGGGGGGCGCGGACCGGUACCCUCCCCCCUCUCAGGCGAAAGGAAAGGCUCGCGACAGGAAAGCCACCACUCCCAAAGGGAAAGGAAAAACUACCUCCAAGUCACCAGGCAAGUCUCCGCGGGGCAGGCAGUCAGGAGAUAAGACGACCCCGAAGCGUGUCAUCCAUGAGGGUUUCUGCCCAAACUGCCAGAUGCCAUUCAGCCUCCUAUUGGUCCAGUCUCCACGCUGGCACGUGGCUGAGUGCAUGGAGCAACCCAUCCAGGCAGAAGGGGAAUGCCCUGCAGGCCUGUCCUGUGACUGCACCAUCCCCUCCCACUACAGGAGGUUCCAGCACACCCUGCUGGCAAUGGGGAGGGCGGGGCUGCCAGACACUGACCUGCAGGACGCUCACCUGAUGCCCUCGCAGGGAGAUGAAGACCAUGACAGCAAAGACACUGCCACAUCAUCUGUCACCAGUGUCUGUAUGGAACAGGGGGGUGGAAGGAAAAGGGAGCUCUCAGUCAACUCUGUGGAGGAAGUUCCUUCUCUGAAGCGUAUGAAAAAAAGGCAGUAUUUCAGAAGCAGAAGUUGCUCGAACACUUUCUCAAGACGAACCAAGAAAAGGAGCGUUUUUCUUCAACAAGGCCAGAGUCUCGUCAUCAGAAGGUUUGGCUGCCAAAGAGAAAGGGAAGACAUCAAGGGCACCAUCAUCAAAGCAGGGUGUUAGUGAAGUGAAGUCUAGACAUUUUCAAGUGUCAGUCAAUUCGGGUUCAAAUCACACAAAACCAGAGGAUCAAACAAUCCCCAAACUGCCAAACAUGUCAAAGAAAUGUUUGGGUAUGAGGAGACAAAUGUCUGAAGACAAGAUAACUGACCAAAGAAAAGUUAGUAGCACACAAGGCUGUGAACAAAAGAUGGAAGAAACAGAGGAAGCGUUGGAAGAACAGGAGAGUUUAAGUGACAUAGACAUGUUUGGAGAAGACAGUAGUGAGGAUACUCCUCAGAUAAAGAACCCAGCUAAGUCAAGUCAAGAAGAAAGUGACAGUUGCAGUGAUGAAGACAUCUUUGCCAGUCAGGAUGGUGAUGGAGAUCCUGUCAAUGAAGAGGAAUGUGGAGACAAGAAUGAUGUACCUGGGUUUGAUGUAUAUUUGGAUGACUUGGUACGGGAAAUGUCUGACUGGAGAGAUGGACAGAGUGAUGGAGAUGAUGAUGACAAGGAGAAGGAAAAAGAAGAUAAGGAUUCAGAUUAUGCUGUAGGAGGCAGCCAAAGCUCUGUGAACAAUGUUGUUACAGAAACAUCUUCCUUCUCCCAAACCUCCAGUCAAGGAAAGGGUGGAGCUAAGAAACAGUCUAGGAUAUUCUCCUUUUUCAAACCAGUCUCAGGGAGUACUGUACCAAAAUCUGCACAGGUGAAAACUGAGGUCAAACACAAUGUAAAAGGAGGAAGGUCUACCCAAUUGGACAUUACAGGAAGUGUGGGUAAGACCCAGACAGGGACAGGGUCUGAGAUGGGCAGGACCAGGAAUUGGAAUGGAGGAGCGACAUUCUCCUACCCACGAGGAGGCUCACAGGGGGCACCAGCAGCUAAACAGUGCCCGUUUUACAAGAAAAUACCUGGAACUACAUUUGUAGUAGAUGCAUUUCGCUAUGGUACUAUCCCAGGAUGCACGGCUUAUUUCCUGAGCCAUUUUCACUACGAUCAUUACCAGGGUCUCAGCAAGCACUUCCGACAUGCAAUCUACUCAAGCAAGGUAACGUGUAACCUUGUGAAGAAGAAGAUCCGUGUGGCAGACAGGUACCUGCACCCCCUCCCCCUGAACACCCCCUGUGAUGUGGAGGGGGUACAAGUCACUCUGCUGGAGGCAAAUCAUUGUCCAGGUGCUGUAAUGUUCCUGUUCCAGCUGCCAGAUGGGAAGAACCUGCUGCACACAGGAGAUUUUCGAGCAGACACAUCGAUGGAGUGUUACCCUGCGCUGACUGGGUGCAAAGUUCACACACUCUACCUGGACACCACGUACUGUAACCCAGCCUACAGCUUCCCUGCUCAGAUGGAAGUGAUAGACUUUGCAGUGGGUGUGGCCGUGGAGGCAGUACAACAUAACCCCAAAACUCUCAUUGUCUGUGGCUCCUACACUAUCGGGAAGGAGAGGGUCUUCUUUGCCAUAGCAGAAGCCUUGGGCUGCAAGGUCUGUGCGACACGUGACAAGAAGAACACGCUGGACUGCCUGGACUCUGAUCAGGUGAAGCGACUGGUCACGCUGAAUGGUCGGGAAACUAGACUACAUGUUCUGCCCAUGAAGGAUCUCAAAUUCAAUAGCCUAAAGAGCUAUCUGGAGGGAUACAGGCCACAGUACGACAGUGUGCUUGCCUUUGAACCAACAGGCUGGACUCACAACAAUAGCGUUUCCACUGUGGCAAAUAUCAGGCCAAAGAGACAUGGCAACAUCACUGUAUAUGGUAUUCCAUACAGUGAACAUUCCAGCUACACGGAGAUGAAGCGGUUUGUCCAGUUCCUGCAGCCAGCAAAGAUCCUGCCAACUGUCAACAACGGAUCACCCAAGUCCCGCCAUGCAAUGGAGCAGAUCUUCCAGCAGUGGGAUUCGGAGGGGAAACAGCAGUCUUUGGCAUCUUGGGUCAAAUAGAGCUACGGCUUAAUGUAGAGCAUAUUUGAUAAAGUUUCAAUAUCAUACAGCUGUAAGAAAUGAAAAUGUUAAUUUGUUUGAUUUGUGAGGGAUCUUGGAGCUAUAACGAUAUACUAGUGUGUAAAAUGAAUUAAAGCUAUAAUAUGUAUUGAUACCUAUGUUGCUUAUUGUUUGAAUGUAAAGCUGUCUACUUUGCUUGACUCUUUGUCUUUGACUCGUUCUUUCAUUUCAUUUUACGAUGUCAAGGAACAAGAAUUGUUUCGAUGUGGCUAUAAAGUUGCUUGGAAAAAGAUGCAUUGUGUAGAAAUUAUGCUGAUACAAGUUGACAAUCAUGUAGUUAAUUAAAGGAUUGGAGCAGAGGAGAUCUGGACCCAUGGUCAGAAACGAGAUCUGAAUAUGUUAUUGCAUUACUUAUUGUACUACGUGUACAUGAUGGACUGGCUGGAAUAUUGCCUACGUCAUAAUGUUAGACACCACAAAAUUCCUUUCUAUGGAUAAUAACAUGUACACUUGUGACAUAGUCGUAGAGCAUAGCACAUGCCAACUCUGCGCGAUGUGACAAAAAACGUAUACGUGAAGUUUGUGCCUGUGCUGAAGAAACUCCUGCUGUGUAUUUCUUCCAAUUUGGGUCAACCAAUUUACUUGACCAGCUGGAAUAUUGUCCAUGUUAUACUGUUAGACAUCACAAAAUUUAUUUCUGCAGAUUUCCAUGUACACUUAUGACAUAUUAUAGCCUGUUAGCU